GAAGCUAGAGGUGAUCUUUUUAAGACUCUGAUAGUUUGUACUAUUAGAUGAAUGUUAAUAAGCCAGUUGGGCAAAAUUUUUAUUUCAGCACUUGAUACAACAUGUGUAAGAAAUCAGGGGGGCAUUUCCUUGAAUGUCAUAAUAACUAUCUGUUACAUGAAAAAGAAAACAAACAAUUUAUAAGAACUUUGUUUUCUGUGCCAGACCUAGAUGCAGUAUGAAAAAUCCAUUGAACUCUACUUGUAAAAUGAAAUCUACAAAUGAUGGGCACUGGGAAUCAUUCUGCAGUAGUUGUGUUUGUCUUGGUGGGAUUAACAAAGCAGCCUGAGCUCCUGUUGCCCCUGUUCUUCCUGUUCCUGGUCAUCUAUGUGUUGACAGUAGUGGGGAAUCUGGGCAUGAUCCUGCUCAUCAUAGUCAGCCCACUACUGCACACUCCCAUGUACUAUUUCCUCAGCAGCUUAUCCUUUGUUGAUCUCUGCUAUUCCACUGUCAUUACACCCAAAAUGCUGGUGAACUUCCUUGGGAAGAAAAAUUUCAUUACCUAUUCGGAGUGCAUGGCCCAGUUCUUUUUCUUUGCAAUCUUUGUGGUCACUGAGGGCUACCUCCUGACUGUUAUGGCAUAUGAUCGCUAUGUGGCCAUCUGCAGACCAUUGCUCUAUAAUGUGAUCAUGUCCUCUAGAAUCUGCUCACUGUUAGUGCUGGUUGCCUUCUCCCUAGGCCUUUUUUCUGCUGUGGUACACACAAGUGCUAUGAUGAAUCUGAGCUUCUGUAAAUCGUACAUCAUAAGCCAUUACUUCUGUGAUGCUCUUCCCCUCCUCAAACUCGCCUGUUCUAACACACAUCUCAAUGAGCUUCUCAUAUUUAUCAUUGGGGGGCUCAACACCUUGGUGCCCACCCUAGCAGUUGCCAUCUCCUAUGUCUUCAUUUUCUGCAGCAUCCUGCGCAUCAGGUCAUCAGAGGGCAGGUCUAAAGCAUUUGGAACCUGCAGCUCUCAUCUCAUGGCUGUGGGGAUCUUCUUUGGGUCUAUCACCUUCAUGUAUUUAAAGCCUUCUUCAAGUAACUCUCUGGAGCAAGAGAAGGUGUCUUCUGUGUUCUAUACCACAGUGAUCCCCAUGCUGAACCCAUUAAUAUAUAGUUUGAGGAACAAAGAUGUGAAGAAAGCACUGGGCAGAUUCUCAGUCAGGAGUUAAGUCUUACUUUUUGCAAACAAUGCACAGUAGAAGUGAAUUGUUCCAAUGAAAAUCCAUUAUAUUUACUUUUAUCUGUUGAAAUAUAUAAUAUAUCUUUAUUUGUGGUGCUAGGAUUAAUCUCAAAGCAGAUUCCAAUUUUAGCCAAGUACUACAUCAUAGGACUAAAUUUAGUAUUCAUAUUUAUUAAGUGCUUUACCAUGUAUCACUGAUUUGAUUUUUGCAAUAAAAUAAAGAUGGUUUUGUAAAGUAGGUAUUACUGCUUUGACAGGAAAAAUUGGUCUUUCUUUGUUAUAUAAAUAAAAUGAUAAUUUAGACUUU